AUGGCGUCCCUCAUUUUAGUCCCUCAGCCCAGGACCCAGCUGCCUGCUUUCCCUAUCAUGACCCAGACACUGUGUCACCCCAUCCUGGUUGGGAGGCAGGAUGCCCGUGCUGGGGAAGGGGGUGCCUUUCAAAACUGGGAUGCAGCUGGGACAGUGUCAGCCACUACCCCAGCCUCCCCACUCGCCCCCACGCUGAACCCUCCCCUGGGGCUUUGUUCUUUCCUGGGCACCUCCCUCCCCCAGGAUCCAGGCAUCCUGCUCUCCAGCAUAUCCUCCUUCAGGCAUGCAGGGGACCUCCAAGCAGUGACAUCCAAGGAAUUCCAUCCGGGAGCCACCAAUGACUGCAGAAGAGGAAGGACACAGGAGGAUAUCCUGGUCCCCUCCUCACACCCAGAGCUCUUUGCAUCCGUCCCGCCAGUGGCUCCGGAAGAAGCUGCCAGGCUCCAGCAACCUCAGCCCCAUCCUCCUCCCUCAGGAAUCCUCCUGUCUGCCUCUAGGACCUCGGCUCCAACUCUGCUGUGCUUGCCUCCUCCCUCCCAUUUUCCUUUCAGUCUCAGCUGUUUGGUCUAAGCCUCCCAGAGAGCCUAGAACGUUUCCCUUGAGGACCUGUCUGCCUGGUAGUCUGUAAGCCUCUCAGAAGUAGCGUGUCUAAAAUAAUAUUUGAUUCCUUCCA